CUCCACGGCGAUUGGGCAGAGAGGGAGAAAAAGGCGGGGAAGAGUUGUAGAACGCGGGAGGGAGGGUGUUUACUGGGCGUGAGGCAACGAGGAGUUUUAAAAAAAGGAACUCGAGGCCGGCGGCCGCUUCUCCUUGUCUGUCUCUAUGGGGCUUCGGAAGAAGAAUAAGAGCCCUCCAGUCCUGAGCCAUGAGUUCAUUAUCCAGAACCACGCGGACGCCGUCUCCUGCCUGGUUAUGGGGCUCCUAUUGGGGCUCAUGUUUGAGAUUACAGCCAGAUAUGCCAUCAUGUUUAUUACUGUUCAAUAUAAUGCUACCUAUACAACAGAUGAAAGACCAGAACCAGUUCAUUUCUAUGAGUAUGGUCCAAAAGAUGUAGCAACCAUCUUUUUCUACAUGCUUAUAGCCAUUAUUCUGCAUGCAGUGAUUCAGGAAUACAUACUAGAUAAAAUUAAUAGACGUCUCCACUUAUCAAAAACAAAGCAUAGCAAAUUCAAUGAAUCGGGGCAACUAGCAUUUUUUUACUUGUUUUCAUUCGCCUGGGGAGCAAGUAUUUUGUCUGCAGAAGAAUUCACAACAAACCCAACUUUGCUGUGGAAAGAUUACCCUCAUUCUCACAUGUUCUUUCAGGUUAAAUUUUUUUAUAUCUGCCAAAUUGCCUAUUGGCUUCAUGCACUGCCAGAACUCUACUUCCAAAAGAUUAGAAAGGAAGAUAUUCCAAGACAGUUGCACUAUAUCUGCCUUUAUAUUGCUCACAUAUCUGGUGCCUACAUUUUUAACCUUCAGCGUUUGGGUCUAAUUUUGUUGGUACCUCACUACCUGGUGGAACUUAUCUUUCAUGCUUCCCGUCUUUUCUACUUCAGUGAUGAGAAUAAGCAGAAAGGAUUUACUCUUUGGGCUCUACUGUUUGUAAUGGCUCGUCUUCUGACACUGACUUUGUCAGUCCUCACUUUUGGAUUUGGUCUGGCAAGAGCAGAGAAUCCUGGCUUUUCCAUAGCAGAUGGAAACUUCAAUAUACUCACUAUUAGAAUCAGUUGUCUGGCUGCCAUAUGUUUGACCCAAGCAUGGAUGAUGUGGAAAUUCAUCAAUUUCCAGUUAAAGAAAUGGAGAGAACAUAUACAGAACCAAAUUCCUAAGAAAAAAACAAACAUAAAGCUUAAAACAACAAAAAAAGAAUCAUGCAAAACUAACUUUGUCAAUGGAGCAGUAAAAUUUGAAGAAGGCACAUCACCUAGAAAAAGAAAAUCAAAAUUCUCGUGAAGAGUAGAGGACUAGAGGGCAGUGAUUUAAAGAAGAACUUUAAUUAAAGGAAAAGAAAAAUUCCUUCACCACUGAGACAAUAAGAGACACUCUAUUUCACUGUUCUGGCUAAAAGACACUGGUUGAAAUAAUAUAUUUUUAAAUAUAUGUUUAUCAAACAAAAUUUA